UGACGCGCACAGCUUGCCACUUAAUACACUGUUGCUUCGGGACCAGUGGUGAAGGAGACGGCGACCCGGCAACAAGCGGCUGGGAAAGAAAAACCAAGACCCGGUUUUUAGGAUUCGCCAAAGCUGUUCUUCGUGGAGGGGACCAGGCUGCUGGACAAGUGAAGACGAUGGGGGCAAUAGAUCUACUCUUCAUCACUGUCAGUCAGAACGUGUCCUUCGUGGGCAAAGCCUGGUGGAUGCUGAUGCUGGUUCUGCGUCUGCUCGUGGUCCUGCUGGCCGGCGUCCCCCUCUUCAGUGACGAGCAGGAGCGGUUCGUCUGCAACACCAUCCAGCCCGGCUGCUCCAACGUGUGCUUCGACGUGUUCGCUCCCGUGUCCGUCCUCCGCCUCUGGCUCCUCCAGCUUCUUCUGCUCGGUCUUCCGCACGUGCUGUUCGCGACCUACGCCGUGCACAAACUCCUGUCCUACCCCCGGUUCUACAGUCGAGGGGCUUCGCUCGACAACUCCAGCUCCUCGAGGGAAGCGUCCUUGCACAGAGCUCCUCUUCAUGGCCUCCCUCGUGAGUGGGCAGCGCCGCGGUUCUACUGCGCCUACUUCCUUGCCGUGAUUCUACGGAUGGUCCUCGAGGCGGCUUUCGGUGCGGGCCAGUAUCUCCUCUUCGGCCUGUCCGUUCCAAAGAGCUUCCUCUGCUACGAGGCCCCCUGCACCUCCGGGGUCCAGUGCUACGUCUCGAGACCCACCGAAAAGACCCUGAUGCUGAACUUCAUGCUGGGCGUCGCCUCCCUGUCCGUUCUGCUCAGUCUGGUCGACCUGGUGAGCUCCACGAAGGCAAUGGUGAGGUGGAGGAGGAAGAGGGCGAUGAUGCUGAUGGAGGAGCUGAGUAGAGGAGAGCAGGGCAGCGCGUUCACCGCGACGACUGGUGCCGAAGACGGCGACGUUCUUCUGAGAAGGGGAAUCAACUCGACAGACGCUGUGCGAGAUGAAAAACGCGCCGCUGGUGUUGCGUCAACUGAUGACCCCCACUCUACUAAAGGGAAUGACGGACCCACCCUUAGAACUACUGUAUCCGCCAACGAGACGAUCCCACAAAACAGGGCGGAUUUUCCUCGCGCACCUACUCCCGUGGGCAAUCCGGUGCCAACUCACUUUGUCCUCCACAGCCAUCUGAGACCGCCGCUGUCCCCUCGCCCGGACCGGGGGCCGCCGCUGUACCCCAGGAUGCCGACACCCGUGGGUGCCACGAAGCUCAGCCCAGUGGGAACAAACUCAAGCCCGCAGUCUGAUAGCAGUGACUCUCAGGACAAGCGGGCAUGGGUGUAACUGGACAAAAAAAGAAAACGCUGUGAAAGCCCAGACAUGGUGCUUUAACAUUUUUAAUUUUAAACACAAGUUCCUACACGGUUGAACUGUAAAAAAAAAAUUACUAUUUUGAUUUUACAAAAUUCAGUUCUAAUCAACCAAGCUGUUUUCAGAAACGUAGCCUCUCGUAAAAAAAAAAAGAGCUAUAUGCUGUUAGCUAGCUUUCCAAAAUGGCAGCCACGCAACAUUAGCAACGGCUAGCUCGCUAGCUAGUGGGUGAAGCUCAAAUCAGGCCGAGAAGUACAGUGAAUAUUGGACUUGGGUUCAUCUGGUGGCCAGGAACAUCACAAAUAAAAUGUGAAUCUUGCAUUGUGAUAGCUAGCCAGGCAAUCAUUUGCAUAUGCGGUUGAACUUAAAAGGACGAUUUUAGA